UUAUACACUUUUCCUUAUUUUUCGCUCUUUCUUUACCUUCUCUUCCACCACAUCAGUUUCUUCGAUUUGUUGAUCUGCUUUCGGACAUGUUGGUGUCGAUCUUUCCUUUUGAUGGCCCCUGAAAAUUCGAGAGAGAGAGAGAGAGAGAGUGAGAUAGUGAGACAGUGAGAGAGAGAGAGAGUGAUCUGGUUGAAUUUCUGAGAUGGGUUUUCGGUGUGAGAAAGAUGAAGAGUGAUAGGCAAAGAGUUUUGAGUGUGUUUUUCUGUGUUAUAUGAGGUAUCCUUUGUAGGGGUUGUGGGUGUGGAUUUGAUUUGUUUGGAUUUGAUAUGGGUGGGUGUUUUCCUUGUUGUGGAUCAUCCAACAAGGAGGGAAGUGGUGUGAAGGAAGUGGCCAAGAAGGAUUCAGUUAAAGAAGGCUCAGCUGCUCAGUCUCACCAUGUGAUCAGAGUUAGUUCGGACAAAUCAAAAUCGCGGGGUGGUUCAGAUCCUAAAAAGGAACCUGCCAUUCCGAAAGAUGGACCAACAGCACAUAUUGCUGCACAAACAUUUACAUUUCGAGAACUUGCGACAGCAACAAAAAACUUUAGGCCAGAAUGUUUACUAGGCGAAGGAGGGUUUGGACAUGUUUAUAAAGGUCGGUUGGAGAGCACAGGACAGGUAGUUGCUGUGAAACAGCUCGAUAGGAAUGGCCUUCAAGGAAAUCGAGAAUUUUUAGUGGAGGUUCUCAUGCUUAGCCUCUUGCACCACCCAAACCUUGUCAACUUGAUUGGUUAUUGCGCCGACGGAGACCAACGCCUCCUUGUCUAUGAGUUUAUGCCAUUGGGAUCAUUGGAGGAUCAUUUGCAUGAUCUUCCACAGGACAAGAAGCCACUUGACUGGAAUACGAGGAUGAAGAUCGCAGCAGGUGCAGCCAAGGGGUUGGAAUAUUUGCAUGAUAAAGCUAAUCCUCCUGUGAUAUACAGAGACUUAAAAUCAUCCAACAUCCUUCUUGAUGAGGUCUAUCAUCCUAAGCUAUCAGAUUUUGGGCUUGCAAAACUGGGUCCUGUUGGUGAUAAGACUCAUGUGUCCACGCGUGUCAUGGGGACAUAUGGUUAUUGUGCUCCUGAAUAUGCUAUGACAGGACAACUUACUUUGAAAUCCGAUGUCUACAGUUUUGGAGUUGUCUUUCUUGAACUUAUAACAGGGCGCAAGGCAAUUGAUAAUACCCGAGCUCCUGGAGAGCAUAAUCUUGUUGCAUGGGCACGGCCACUAUUCAAGGAUCGUAGGAAAUUUCCCAAAAUGGCUGAUCCACUACUGCAAGGCCGUUAUCCAAUGCGAGGACUUUACCAAGCGCUUGCAGUUGCAGCCAUGUGUUUGCAGGAACAAGCUGCUACUAGGCCUCUAAUAGGUGAUGUUGUGACGGCUCUCACAUAUUUAGCCUCCCAAACCUAUGACCCAAAUUCAGCUGCUUCUCAAAAUAACAGAGUUGGUCCAUCCACUCCUAGGAGCAGGGAUGAACGAAGAAGUUUGGGAGAUGGGCUGGAUAGCCCAGACCAGCCUGGACGAGGUGGGUGGAGUGGUUCCCCUUCUGCUUAUAAAAAUUCACCUGAUUUCAGAAAGAGAGAUGCAAGGGAAUCGAGUAGUGGUGCAGCGUUAGCCAGGAUUGAAACAGGUGGUGGUUCUGGGAGAAAAUUGGGUGCGGAUGAGUUAGAGCGACAUGAAUCUCAGAGGGAUAGCCCUGUCAGUACCGGGAGAGCAAGGGAAACCCCUAGGAAUCGUGAUUUAGAUAGAGAGCGAGCCGUGGCAGAAGCAAAAGUAUGGGGUGAGAAUUGGAGGGAGAAGAAGCGGGCAAAUGUGAUGGGUAGUUUCGAUGCUACAAAUGAGUAAAGGCAGUAAACGCGUAACAUUUUACAAGAGUGUUGUAGGGAAGAAAAGUUGUAUAAAGAAAGAGGAGAGAAUGUGCAAGAUGAAGCAUCCUUUUACUGUCUUGGCUUGAGUGGUCCAGCCAGGAAAAUAGGGCGCUUGUAUCCAACCUCGACUGUUGUUUGUUUUAUAUCAUUCUUCUUGUUGAGUACAGAAACUGAAUGCAUCAAUUAUGUGGUAAUGGGAAUCACGGUUAAAAAGGGAUGAGGGGAGGGUUACUCUGUAAUUUGGGGGCAUUUACAGGUAAUAUCCCUCUUUAGAAUGUGGUCUGCCACAUGUUCAUCUAUGUAUUUAGGAAUUUCAGAAGUUUAUGUUACAGAGAGCUGUGAAGAUGUCUAAUUUUUGCCCCCUCAUAUAUUUGUCUGUACGUGGGGAAACUCAGUGGGUUUGGUGUGGGUGUCUACAUCUUGUACUUUCAUACAGUCUCGUAUAUGAAUUUCUGAGUUAUGUUUUCGGUUUAUACAAAAAGGUUUGAUCA